AUGGCAAAGCAGUUAGAAGUUGAUGCAAAGAAGGACGAAGAUGUUUAUGACAAAAUGGUAUGUUGGUGCACGGAGACGCAGAAAGCCAAGCAGAAGGCUAUAGAUGAAGGUGCAGGUCGUAUAGAGUCACUCUCUGCAGAGAUCGAGCAGGGCGUAGCGCUGUCUGCACGUCUGCAACCAGAAAUAGACAGCCUGAAAAAGGAGGCCGAAAAAAACAAGCAAGCCUUGGAACAAGCUUCUGCCAUACGAAAGAAGCAAAGUGGUGAGUUUGAGGCGGAGUCUGGUGACUUGAAGGAUUCCAUCGCUGCUGUCAAGAAGGCAGUCAGCAUCCUGAAAAAGAAAGACUCUGCUGCGACAUCGUUUCUGCAAGUAGCCAGCAAGGCAUCGCAGGUGAAGUCGGCCUUGCGACAGGUCUUCUCCCGAAGCCACAGGUGGGUUGAUCCUGCGCAGCUUGAGCAAGUUGGCCUCCGAGACAUGAAAGACACAGACCUUCUCCAGCUUUUCAAGCCAGGUCAAAGUACUGGUGAGAUAUAUGGCAUGCUUUCGCAGAUGUUGGACACCUUCCAGCAGAAUCUCAAGGAAAUCUCAGACGAGGAGAAGGACAACAAGGCAGCCUUUGAAAAGCUCCAAGUUGCAAAGUCUGAGGAGAUCGAGACCAGCGCUGGCCAGAUCAGAGUCAAAGAGAAGGAGAAGGCGACUGCUGAUGAGCAGCUCGCACAUGAUAAGAAGGACAAGGUAGAAGCAGAAAAGGCUUUGAAAGAGGAUCAAACUUUUCUGGAGUCGGUCAAAAAGAAGUGUGCCAAUAACGAUGCAGAGUGGGAUGCUAGGCAGAAGGCUCGCAGGGAAGAGGUCAAGGCCAUUGGGCAGGCAACACAAGUCCUUACAGAUGGCCGGGACAAGCUUGAAAAGAAGGGAGUUAGCUUCCUGCAGCAGCAGCAGCGCGCACACGCAGCUCCUAGCACCCUUUCCCACUUGUUGCGGGCGACGCGCAAGUUCAACGAUCCCAAGCUAUCUGCGCUGGCCCUCCGGGCCAGGGUGGACAGUCUGGGGGAAGUUUUCAAGGCCAUCGAUGACAUGAUCUCAGAAUUGAAGAAAAAGAAGGGCAGCGAGAUGAAAAAAAAGGAUUUCUGUAAAGAGCAGCUGGCCGACAACAAGCUUCAGCAAGAAAAGCAGGAUCGCAAGAAGGAGGACGUCGGCAUUUUGCUGGAGACUCUGGAAGAGAAGAUCAAGAAGGUAUCUGCGGAGAAGGACGAGGUUGUGUCAGAAAUUGACACGCUGAACACAGAGUUGGCCAAGGCGGCCCAAGAGCGAGAGGAGCAGAACAAAGCCUUCCAGUCUGGAGUAAACGACCAACGUGAGACACAAAAGCUCUUGAAGGGUUCCCUCAAAGUGUUGUCCAACUACUACGACAAAGCUUCCCUCUUGGAGCUGGGUGCGUCAGAGGAUCGAAGUCAACAGGUCGACAGCACAACUGGACUAGACGCUCCGGCACCAAAAGGGUUUGACGACUACAAGAAGAAUGCUGGAUCCAAAGGAGUUAUGGCGAUGCUAGAACACAUCAGCCAGCAGGCUGAGGCUGCAGAGAAGCAGGCCGUCAAAGACGAAAACGCAGCGCAAGCCGAUUAUGAGAAGCUUGCGAAGGAUACCACCACCAAUGUGGCGUCAAAGACCAAGGAGGUGGAAAGCAAAAAAGCUGCAAUCACGAAAGCUGAGGGCGAGCUGGCAGAUGCAAAAACAGACCAGACAAACAUCGACACUGCCAUGAAAGCCCUGGUAUCCGCUGCUGGAACGCUACACUCCGAUUGCGACUUCCUGCUGAAGAAUUUCGAGCUGAGGCAGACAUCGUUUGACGAUGAAGUUGGAGCUCUAAUUGAGGCCAAGGGCUUGAUGAAAGGCAUUGGCGGACAGCCGGCUGGAGAGUGA